AUGAGUAGACUCUCAUUCAGGCCUCGCCCCCUUGACAUCCACAAGAAGCUGCCAAUUGUCAAAUCCAUUAAGGACUUCGAAGAUGAUGAUGUUGUGACCACGACUGCCACACGCAACCAGUUGCAGCGAUUUGUUGCCGAGGCUGACAAUGAGGUGAAAUUUCUGGAUGCUUAUGCUUCCUUCCGCAAUUCGCUGAUUUUGCUCUCGUGAUCUUGCUUCAAUUCUACGUUCAUUUCAUGAGUGUUCCUUCACAAUCGUGAACAACUUGGAUUUUAAUGUCAUAGGUUCCUCCGACUCCCAGCAAGAAACUUGCGUCUGAUAUUCCUACGCCGCAGUUUGUUAUUGUGGAUACCUAUGAAAGGGAUUACACUCGCACGUUUAAUCAAACUACAUCAUAUCUACGGGGGAGAGGAGGUCUGCUUCUCAGGAUGACCUCUACCCUUUCAAUGCCAGAUGCUGAGAAAAUUUUCGGCAUCUUAACCAUUGAGUUACUGGUUGCAGCACGAGCUGAGCUUGGGGAAUUUGUCGAGUACGAUCUGGAUAACGAAGAUGAGGAUUGGCUUCAGGAGUUUAACAACGAAAGGAAGAUUCUUUCAGAUGAAAAGUAAAGUGAUGGAUGUAAAUUGCAGUAGAUCAAAUUUGCCUGUGGCAUAACGCAUGAAUUUUUACCUGUUUUUAUUUGUACCUUCCCAUCCUUCUCUUUGCUAAGCACAUUAAUCUUGUAUUUUUGCAUCGUUCCCCUGUUUUUUGUUAGCUUCUUGAGUCCUGGACUUGCUAAUCUUUGUCAGUGACAUACCAUCAUCUCAUCUCAAUAAGUCAUUUUGUCUUUUUCUUUUCUUGCGUAAAACGUAAGAUUGUAAAGCUCUCCAUUGCAUUGAAGGCAGCUAUUCAUGGAAAUAUCUGUAGAGUUGCUUUAACUUGCGAAUUUAAGUUCAAAAAUACACAGCACGAACUAUUAUUCGUUCCUCAUCCCUUCUUCUCAUAUUUUUAUUAUUUAUAUGAUUAAUUGUGGCAAUUAAUUAUAAGGAUUAUCCCCUUUCUUUUUUCUUUCUGUGCAUUAGUAUCUUCACGUAAGGCACUAGUUAUGGAACCACCUGAUGACUAUCAAUCAAGUGGGGAGUGGGAGACCCAUUUUAACAGGGAGUCUGUUCUGCCACCAAUCAGCAUUGCUGCAUUCAUGGAACCAUACAUAACAGUUUGAAUGUUUGGGUAACAAUAAGAUAGUUCAUUGGUCUGAUUGCCUGGAAUCUGGGUUCCGAAUCCUUGACAACUUUUUGUUUAUGGAAUAUAUCGUCACAAUGAUAACUAAGAUGGUGGUCGCCGGGGGGGGUGGGAAGAGAGGGUAAGGAUUAUGAUUUUGCAUUAAUGUUUUUUGAGUUGGUAAGGAUGAUAGAGAUGAGCUUGAAGUGCUUCGAAAAUAACUUGAAGUCGUGAUGAUGCAUAAAGUUGUCCAAUUUAAGAUCUAGUUUAGAACCUGAGCUAUGAUUUGGCAUAUCGUUUUCAUUUCCCAUGCGAAGAUGAAGAGGUUCUGCAAAGAGAGAAGCAUCUUCGAUAACAGACGGAAAUUGCACCUGUUAGUGCACAGAAUAGUUAUGGCUGAUGUUUCUGCACAUUCGAUCAUAUUUUUCAAUCGCUGUGCAGGUAGACAGAUUUCCACCAAUCAUAUCAUUUUGUUCAUCAGUUUGCCUGUAAAGGAAAUUUCAGAGAUAGUCUUUUCUUUAUUCUGCAAAGCAUCUGAUAUUUGAAUCGGCUUUCACUUUUUGUGCACUACGAAACUUAAGUAACUUGGUUGAAUUCGGUUGGGCAUUCUUUUUUAUUUUUUUUAUUAGAGCUACAGAAAAGAAAAUUGGCGGAUAAGUGGACUUAUUGAUUAACAGAGGGGAGACUUUGAUGUGGGCCCUAAUUUGCCUAUGCAUGGAAAUGCAGGUGUACGAUUGCAAUAGUGUUCAAAUACUUCUAUGGGGCUUGAGCAGACUCUUAGCCACUUAUCUACGAUUGGAUUGUCUUAAACCCUGGGUCCUCACCUGUGUAACCAGUUUCUGGUGUUUUGAUUAUUGAAGAAUUCCUGUAGAUUAAAUCAAUUGGAAACUAUUCAACUUUGUCGGAGAUUUUUUGCCAUUUGAAGGGAUUUUAUUGUGGCCUUGCUUGCAUCUACUAUUGGUUUUUUAACUUUAUUUUUUUCUUGUGAAUUUAUGUACUUUAUGACAAGGUAGAAGUAAGCACUUCCCUCUUCUUCCUUGAUCAUUUGAUUUACAAUUUUUUUAUUUCGACAAAGAACGUGUUUAAACAAACUGUCCUUUUGAAUGACGGAAGCCUUAAGCAAUGCUGCAAAUGCAUUCUUAUUUUACCAUCCUCUUUUUUGUGUAGCCAAAAAUAUUAAUCAGUAUGUAUUCCAGUCAGGGAGUGGCAGCUUGUAAACACUGACAAUAUUCAGCUUAAUGUCUAUUUUUUUUAUGAGGCCUUUUUAGACGACAAAUCUUGUUUUCUGCAAAUUACUGGAUUUUUUUCCAUGUUCUUCCGAUUUUCAUAGUGGCACAUCUGAUGUAAGUCGCUAUUUAUCCUCUUCGUUCUUAUGUUAUGCAUGCAACUAUUUUUCAGGUUUGAGAGUCUUCUGUUUAAAUUAGAGGUAUUAGACCAUAAAGCUCGGGAAAGGGCUGGAGUGAUAACACCAACCCAUGGGUCUCCUGUUCCUGUUCUCUUGCAGCUAGAUGCAGCUGCAGAGGUGAUACUUCAUGCAACUAUGCUUUCUUUUUUCGCAUUAUCUACAGUUUGAUGACAUUUGGAUUUAUUCAUCUUUCUUGUGUUUAUUUUUUUCAUCCAGUUGGUUAAGAAAAUACUCUCCCUGCCUUCAGAAGAGUUUUCUUUUAAAAAUGCUAUUUGUUUCUUUUUUUGUGAGAAUUUAUGCUUCUGUCUCCUCCAUUUUCUUUCCUGUUGAGGAGAAUGGACUACAGACAGGUUUAGCAGCAUAUUUCGAAGGCUACUGUUACUUUUUUCUUAAUAGGGUGAUGAUACAGCAUGAAAAGUAGCUGUUCAUAUCGAAAUGGCUGAAACAAGGAUGAGAAACAACAAGGAUCUAAUAUGGGGAGAAUUAAGGUCUCGCUUGACAAAAAAUCUUUUCUAUACGUAUUGGAUUUUAGCGAAAAUUGAUAGCAUUGCCUUUGUUUAAGAACAACAGUAAGUUGCAUGAUGAAAGUGAUUAUCAUAUGACCAAUUACGGCUUCAUUUCAUCCGUUGGUUCUGCAUGUCAUUUAUGGUAUUGUCGAUAACGACUUGUUGUUAUAUCUAAUUUAGAAAUGUUUACCUUCUCGCUGUUUUUAUUGGGAGUUAUUUCUAAUUAAGUUGUGUUUACCUUUUCUCUCUUCUUCUAAAGUAUUAUCUCUAAUUUAGUUAUGUUUUUGCAGACCUUGGAACCUCAAUCAAUUAGAUAUGCUGUUUUCCAGUCUGUAUAUAACUACUGGAAGAAGAAGGUAGCCCCCUCCAUCCUGUGGUGAAACCAGUUCUUUUCUUUUCCUCGAAUUCUUUCCUCAGGUUGGGCCCAUAAACUGUUUCUUAUUCUGAGCAUGUGUUACCUUUUUUUUCUUCCAAGUCUAUUUAGUUUUAUUAUGAGUAUAUUUUACUUUGAACUUUUGCAUGUUAUUCACGAACCUUUACGUUUUUCAUGAUCUUAUCUUUUAUCAGCGAGAGCAAUGGCAGAAACCAAUUCUACGACAGUUGCAGGUGAAUUUCACUUGCUUUCGCUUGCAUUACUUCUCUUAUCUCUUCUUUUUUUCCAGUUGUAACUAAAGAACAACGUUUGCAUCAUCUAAUUUUCCUUGGUAACAUCUGAUAUGUUCUUUCAGAUGUAUGCCUUUUUGUAUCUUUGUCUGUACUGGAAGUAUGUAACUUGUGGCGGUGGUCUUUUGCACUGGACGCAUGUGUCUGCACCAUUUAAUUGGCAGUUCAUCCUAUUAUUUCGUUUAUUGCUACACAAAAUUCGCUCAAGCUUUCAUCCACGUAUACCAAAAGAUUCAAUGGAAAUUAUAAUAACUCCUUGCACCUACUUUUUAAAUGUAUUGUUCCUGAUCCAUACUUGGAAAGAAUUCUGUAGGUCUACAAGAAUAAAUACCAUGCCUUUAAUAGUCCAGUUAUUUGGUCUACAAAUGAGAGGUUUGGUCUGGCUUUCUGACUGUUUCUCUGAUGUUCAAUCGCCCUCUUUCAUCGCUAAAGACUUGGGAAAUUCUGCUCUUAUGGCUUCAUUAAUUGGUAACUAUUUAUUGCAUUGUAGAACAAAUUAAGAUGUGCAUGUCAAAUAAGGUAAAAAGAAAAACUGAAAUUAGGAAAAUAUGAAAAAAAUGUUUAGCGCGUAUGUUCUUUCUCAAGUCAUUUGUCCCUAGUCCCUGGAACAUUAUGCUCCUUUUACCACCUGUCUCUUUGGUUCCUUCUCUUUGAUAUCCUCGCGAAAAAAAUGACCGUCGCUUGACAGGUGUUCUUGUGGGUCUUCUCUGUCCAUAUUUAAUGUAUCUCGGACUACCGUUACAGACUAUUAUUUAAUUCUCAGCAAAUUUUCCUUGUAUUGCAUGGCAAUCAAUGGGCACAAAGUCCUUAAGAGAAUUCUCAUUUGCCUGAUACUUGAAAUUAUGUGAGCAGAUCACCAUCUAUAACUCUUUUAAAGUAUUUUCAAGGUAACUUCAUCCAGUUUGACUUCCUACAUGAAUAUCCACAUCCUGCCAGCCUCUUUCUUCAUACCCAUGAACAAUGACAUAUCGUAAUUAGGUACAUACUAUUGCAUUUACUCACGACAUGAAUUACAGAAAGCAGUUGCUACAUCUUCCAACUAUCUGCCUUCAAGUCAAUCUGUUACUUAAUUGUUGCAAAUUGCACGGGGUCUAAGAUAUGAGGUGAAGAAGAUCUCCUUCUUAAAAACAUUCCAAGUUCUUCUGUGAUGACAACAAGAUCGUGAUAAAAUCUAGUUGAAUGCAGACAUAUCCACUUAUUAUCUCCCCAUUUUAGCAUUUGCACCCAUAAAAGUCCUAACUUAUAAUCUUCCGCCUUCCCACUUGGUCAGUCAUUUCUGUGUUCUCCAAAUGUAUGGUAUUCACCUCGUUUUCGUUUGACAAACUACUGGCUGGAUAAUGAUUUAUCUGGUUUUUUUCUGUUGCAGGCCCCUCCUCCAGUUAAUGAUACAAACCCUUACAAUGUAUUUAGACCAAGGGAGAAAAUUCACCGACUUCACACAAGAAGGGUAUGUGAGACCUCCUUUUUUUAUUGAAGGUUCUUUUUCUGCAGACGAUAUUUUUUUUUAUUUUUUUUUUGUCAAAAACUGUUUGUUAGAGUUGCACCUUUCUUUAUUUGUAUCAGGUACAUUUUGAUGACCUUUUCUUAUUAUUGUUGUCAUUUAGAUGCAACGCCGAGAGAACAAUGCCAAGUCCUUUGAGAAGCUUCGCCUGGUAACGAUCUUGGAGUUACUUCUGAUUUUUUCGGAAAAUAUAUAUUUCUUUUCAUUGCAAUCUGAAGAAAAUGGAGAAUUAUGUGGAAGGUCUGGUAUCCCUGUGAAUAUCAAUAAUGAAUCCAUCCCUCCAACCAUGUGGAAUGCAAUUUUUAUUUUUUUUUCUUCAUCUAAAUAUAUUCGUGCGUUGACUAACGGGGAAAGUGGAGUUUUUCUCGUGCUCGGGCCUUGUCAACCAAUAACUAACUGUAACAUCUCAUGAGUUGGAGCUGGGUAUAUCAUGCUCGAGGCUCGUGAAUUCUGUCUAAUAUAUCAUGUCUUAAAAGAGGACCAAAUAUGUUGACUUUUUUCAAGAUUGCUGUUUGUCGGUGAGGAUUUUGUGCACGUGAUGCAUUACAGCUUCUUUCCUUCUUCCUCCUAAUCUAGCUUACCGGUUCGAUCUCUACGUGUGCUUCAGGUCAGGCGCAACCUGGAACAGGCCAAAACGCUGUUAGAAACCCUGAUUAAGGUCUGUUCCUAAGGGAAACAUUUUUUUCAUCUCGAGCCUUAUUGGUUUCCUGCCCAUGGACCCAUCAGCCUCUGAUGUGUUGUCCAACUAUAUAUCUCCAGAGAGAAGAGAAAAAACGGGAUGCUGUGGAAAACGAGCUCACCCUUCAGCGAUUCCGGAUGAAGUACAAGGUAUCCAAUCAAUGCCUUACUGUGUUUUUUUUCCGAUUCAUGAGGUUUUAAAAUAAUUAGCUUACCCACGAGAUAAUCUCUGAUAAUGAGAUAAUUCUUCGAGGUUUUUUUUUUAUAUUGCUGUCAGGCGAUGAACAGGCAAAAAUCUCUUAUUCUUGUUAAUAUUUUCUACUUAUUCUCUCCUGGUUGAGUAAUAUCAGUAAUUUUCGUGAGGAAUUCUGGGCUGAAUGUUAGCAAAUGUUACUGUUUUUGUGUAAGAACCUGAAUAAAAACCAUGAUAAUCGGUUUGAUUGAUCUGUUUCCAGCAUGAGGCGCAGCUGGUUGACGACGGGAUGGCGUUCUCCGGGUUUCAGCCUCGUUGCAAGCUUGGAUCGAGCGAAGACGAGUUUAUGGAUUCGGAUGACAUGAUGACCAGGCGUCCUCGAGGUCGGCCGUCCAAAGCUCAGAAUUUCCCCUCCCAGCCGCCCAGGUUACUGAUUCCUGCGGGCCGUAUGAGGCGGGAGCUGAAACGACGACCCCUUGCUCGUGGAUGGCUUCAGAAAAGCGUAUGGAAGAACACCCCUCUCUCUCUCUCUCUCUUGCUGGCUCGUCUGUCUGGCAUUAAUCGUAAAGUUGGUUUCUUUUUUGCAAUGAUGCAGGAUUCCCAUCAGCCAGUUCUUGUGUUUACGAAGCCCCUGGAUCCGGAAAAGUUGGCCGCGGCGGGCGUCGUCCCGCCGUCGGGGCCUCCCGUCGAAAAUGGGUCGAUUGCGCCGCCGUACCAGUUCUUUGGAAGGAUUGGACGAGGAGGCCGCAUAAUCUUUGACCGGAAGAGAAAUCAGUGA